AGCCCAGGGAAAAAAAAGUGAUAAGCAGUAAGCAGCUUCUGGGUUUUGCUUUCAAGUGGACUCCUGCUGAAUCGGUGCGAGUGGAGUGUGUGUAUUUGUGUGUGGCGUGAUCAGUCUUUCUGCUGCCACUGUAGCCACACAUUGCAGCAGCGUCUGCCCUGAACAAAAGGCUAAACGCAGAAGAAGCCACAGGAGGGGAAACUCAGGGGACUGAGGCGGGCAGAGUGGCCCAGCGUGACUGCACCUCUGAGGGAGAGACUCGACCUGACAUUUAGCCCUCCUUGGCCCUGGACUGGAGACAGGAUGACACAUUAGACUUUCCCAGGCUUCCUGUCGAGUCAUCAGGGCUGAGGAACACACCCUUUUUCUGACAGUUGUGUCUUUCACUUUCUCAGUCUCUAUCAUCCUUCACCGACAGUCCUGCACCUGCUCUGUCUGUCUGUCCUCUUCCCUCACCUGACCUCCAAGAUGUCAGACGAUGACUGCCGCUCGCCCAUCGGUCUGGACUGCUGCAGCUGCUGCCUGGACCUGGCCAACGGCUGUGAAGACUCCCUGUCCAGCAGCCCGUCCCAGGGCCUCGGACCUCCGGGGGGCCUGCCGGGGAGCCCCACCAGCCCCAGCGUCAGCCACUUCCGUCAGCUCCGCAACCAGCUCAUGUACCAGAACCUGAACACUGACAAGCUGAACAACAUCAUGAGGCAGGACUCCCUGGAGUCGGUGGUGAGGGACCCCUGCUUCCUGCUCAACGAGGGGAUCUGCAACAGCAACAGCAACAUAGACCAGACCAUGCUGUCCAUACUGCUCUUCUUUCACAGUGCCUCUGGUGCUAGCGUAGUGGCCAUCGACAACAAGAUAGAACAGGCCAUGGAUCUCGUCAAGAACCACUUGAUGUAUGCUGUGCGCGAGGAGGUGGAGAUCCUCAAAGAGCAGAUCAAAGAGCUGGCGGAGAAGAACAACCAGCUUGAGAGGGAGAACUACCUGCUCAAGAACUUGGCCAGUCCAGAGCAGCUGGAGAAGUUCCAGUCUCGCAUCCCGACGGAUGCGCUGUUACCGCUGGAUAAUCAGAACGUCCAGGUGACCCCAGACCAGCAGCAGCAGCAGCACCAGCAGACCAGUAUCCACAACACAGGCUCUGCUGUAUAAGUGGCUCUGCCUUGGGGCGGGCAGAGCCACUGUCUCUUUUCAUCAAUGGACCUCCAUUUGAACUUUAGCGUAAUUAAAUCGCCACCGAGACCCCUUCGAAGCGGCGAAGGCGAAGCAUCGGUGCUGUAAAUGAUCGAUGGGACACAAAUGAACUGUUGACACUGAGCACGAACCAGAACUCUAGAUGCUCUGACCGGUGCCAUGUCAGGCCCAUCCUCUGAUACCGUCCAGCUCUUUGUCGUAGUCUCUCUUUGUAGACACAAGUGUUUAAGAAUAGAGAGGGCAGGCUAGAGACGAAUAAGUGCUUGCUUUCAGACGAACACUCUUCUCUCUGUAGAGACGGGCUGAGGAGGUGUUGAAUGGGCUGGCCCGGCAAGCGCUGACUUGGAAAGCGUGGGCAGCUUUGUCCCCUCGUGACCCAGAGGAAACCCUUCUGAGAUGGUUCUCAACAAGAACAGCCCCGUUCAUGUGGAUAUGUCCCAUCUCACAAGUUUCAAAGACUUCUCGCCGCACAUUUCAGCCACCAAACAAGGACGCUACCCGUAACCUACAGUGUAUUGCUACUGUCUUCAUGUACACUUAAAACAUAACAAAAAUAAUCGACAGGUUAAGCAAAGGCAGGAGAGGCAAGCUUAAUCCUGUGUAGUCUAUUAGAGCUGGUGACCUGCUGCAGUGGACUGAUGAGUAAACUGUAAUAACUCAUGGCAAAUGUAAUCUUGGAGUGCAGGUGGAGCUUGCUGCUUGUGGGGGGAAAUUAAUUUUACAAUAUAGUCUGUUUUUUUUGUUUUGAUUCUGAACAAAAAUCACUUUCUCUAGGAGUUCUUUAAAAAAGAAGCUAUUUUUGUAACGAACCAGGCCUGUUUUAUUCACCAGUUAGCUACAUUGUACAUACAGAUGAAACGUCCUGAGCUGGUGGUGAUGAUGACUUUAAAAGCAGAUGCCAGCAAUUCUGCAUUAUGUGCUGCAGAUGCACUCCUGUAUCUUUUUUUUUUUUCUUUCUUUCUUUUUGUUUUAGCACCAUUAUCUGGUCUCUUUCUUUGCUCAGAUGCCAACUUGAAAACGAUGGCAUGACAACAGUGCCUGUAUGUAAGAGAGGAACACAUUUCUACAGUGAGAUUGGUUGUUGUGGUCUUCUUGCUACCAAAGACUGUUUGUUUUGUUUGUUUUUUUUAAGUGUUUGUACAGCAACAAAAGCUGAGCACACCAGGACCAUGUGUAAAAAGUUCACAGGGAGAAGACAUGCUUAUAGCUACUGCUAAAGUUUUUGUAAAGAUAACGGUAUUGUUGCUUUAACGUAUCCUGAAACUGUUGGUCACUAGUGUUUGGAUACGACUGCACAUUUGCAAUAAACCUUAUGUUUACAUAUUA